UGUUAGAAUGUGUUGUCGUCUGCCAUACACGCCUCUACUGUAGAGCAGCGGAAUUACUGAUGGACAAUUCCUCACAAGAUUAGGGAACGGCGAUACAAUUCCUUUUCAGAUUUAAGUGACUGCCACAACUCCGCAUUAUUUAUUAGCAAUGGAGCCAGAGGAGAAAACCCCAGAAUCCAAAUAUGGUGAGGCGAGGAAAUUUGACCCCACAUUUAAAGGCCCGAUUUAUAACAGGGGCUGCACAGACAUUAUCUGUUGCAUACUGUUCAUCUUAGCCUUGCUGGGAUACUUUGCAGUUGGCAUUCUGGCAUGGACUCAAGGUGACCCUCGGAAGGUGAUUUACCCCACAGACAGUAAGGGCCAGUUUUGUGGGCAGGUCGGCACCGAACUUGAGAAAAAGCCCCUGCUGUUCUACUUCAACAUCCUGAAGUGUGCAAGUCCUCUUGUCCUGCUUGAGUUUCAAUGUCCUACCACUCAGAUCUGUGUGGAGAAAUGUCCAGAUAAAUUCAUGACUUUAGUGAAGGCUUUGAAAAAAAAUGAUGAUCGGGAAUACUACAAGCAAUUCUGCAAGGAAGGAGUUGACAUGAACAGGAAAGCUCCUGAAAUCCUGAAGGAUGGCUUGUGUCCUUCAAUACUCACUCCUAGCAAGAAUUUCACACGGAGAUGCUUGCCCGCUCUAGAGACCUUGAAAGGUGGUGUAGUUGUGGUUGGCAACCAAACUACGUACAUGGAUGAUAAAGGAGAAAAUAUAAAUGCAACAGAUCUCCUUGAAGCCUCAAAGAAAUCUAAUGUAGUGGUUGAGGCCCGGGCAGUAGCCAUGAGGAUCUUUGAGGACUAUACUCAGUCCUGGCACUGGAUCCUUCUUGGCUUGGUGAUCGCCAUGCUGGUCAGUCUGAUCUUUCUUCUCCUCUUGCGUUGUCUGGCUGGAGUCAUGAUCUGGGUUAUGAUCAUCAUGGUCAUCAUUGUUAUUGGAUACGGUGUUUUCCAUUGUUACAUGCAGUACGCCAGUCUGAAAGGAGAGGCUGGUUCUGAUGUCACUAUCAAGGAUCUGGGUCUACAGACGGACUUCUCUGUGUACUUGCAGAUUCGGCAGACCUGGCUUGCAUUCAUAAUUAUCCUGUGUAUUGUGGAAGUGGUCAUCAUCCUCCUCCUCAUCUUCCUCAGGAAGAGGAUCCUCAUUGCUAUUGCUCUCAUCAAAGAGGCCAGCAAGGCCAUCGGUCAUGUGAUGUCAUCAUUGUUCUACCCGCUGCUGACUUUUGCCCUAUUGACUUUGGUCAUCUCAUACUGGGCCAUCACCGCCGUGUUUUUGUCCACUUCCAAUGAGCCAAUAUACAAGGUCUUCAAUACAACCGAAUGUCCUUUUUCCAGAUACACCUGCGACCCUAAGACUUUCAACAGCUCAAAUGUCACGACCGAAUGUCCUGAUGCGGAGUGUCUGUUUGCGUUUUAUGGAGGAGAGACGAUAUACCACAAGUACCUAAUUCUAUUCCAGUUCUACAAUUUAUUCCUCUUCUUUUGGUGUGUCAACUUCGUGACAGCAUUGGGCCAGGUCACACUGGCAGGGGCCUUUGCCUCCUAUUACUGGGCAUUCAAAAAGCCUGAUGACAUACCAGCUUUCCCUGUCUUCAACUCUUUGGGACGGGCCCUCAGGUAUCACACUGGUUCUCUGGCAUUUGGUUCCCUCAUUCUUGCCAUCGUUCAGGUCAUCAGGGUCAUAUUGGAGUAUAUGGAUCAGAAGUUGAAAGGUGCCCAGAACAAGUGUGCAAAAUUCUUGCUCAGUUGCCUAAAGUGCUGCUUUUGGUGUCUGGAGAAAUUCAUCAAGUUCCUGAACAGAAAUGCCUAUAUCAUGGUGGCAAUAUAUGGCAAAAAUUUCUGUACAUCUGCCAAGGAUGCAUUCUUCCUCCUGAUGAGGAACAUUGUCCGUGUGGUAGUUCUUGACAAAGUGACAGACUUCCUCUUAUUUUUGGGCAAACUCCUUAUCGUUGGAAUUGUGGGAAUUUGUUCAUUCUUCUUCUUCACGGGCAAGUUUAAGGUAGCGGAGGACAUCGCUCCAUCCCUUAAUUAUUACUGGGUGCCUAUAUUGACUGUGGUGUUUGGCUCGUAUCUGAUUGCUCAUGGCUUUUUUAGCGUGUAUGCCAUGUGUGUGGACACACUCUUCCUGUGUUUCUGCGAAGACCUGGAGAGAAACGACGGUUCUUCGGACAAGCCGUUCUUCAUGUCCCCUGAGCUGCACCAGAUUUUGUCUAAAGAAAAAAGCGCAGAGGAGACAGACCAUGCCGAGAUACCAGCCAUACACGUCCAAGCCGAAGAGGAGAUCCCGCUGCAGGAGAAUGGAGAGGUGCAGCUCAAAGAGCAGGUGGUUCUUAAGCAGGAGCAAGAAGAAGAGACGCCACUGAAUCAAGAGACGCACAUUGAAGAGCCUCCCCAAGAAACGCAUCCUCCAGAGGCACCCGUCGCCGCCGAGGAGAAACCCGAAGAGCAGGUUGCAACACAAGAGCCUGAUCCUCCACAAGUGAUCCCACAGCAAAAUGGACCCCAAGAGUUGGACGGUGACGACAAGGAGGAGCAGGUGGCCCAACCUCAAGCAGAACCACCACAGGCCGAGAACUUACAAGAACCAGAGGAACCGAAGCCUCAAGAAAACGGACCUCAAGAGAGCGAGACCCUGCUCACCCCUCAGGAGUAGUAGUGCAAGGAGUCUCAUUGAAGGUUGGGUUUCAAAGAAGCCAACUAAUUUGGGAACUAGUGCACUUUGGUGGCUUUAGCAAGCCAUUAGUACACAAAUGAAAGUACCUCCUUCGUUUGAGUCACAAUGUUUACUUUGAGAACCGUGUCUUAAUUAAUAAUCACUGGUCAUAAUGGACGGCAUGACACAAAUAGGACAGAAUCAGUCUUUUACUCAACGUAUGAGCUGAUUGAACGGAUAACUUUUGAUUACGUGGACCUAAACCCCAUUAGAUAUGCCUACAUAGCACUUGUAGAAUGUGACUGUGUUUGUGAUUUAUGUAGAACGUUUUAAUAUAAGGACAUGUAAAAGUGUAAUGUAGGUGCUCGACUUGUGCCUAAUUAGUGUUACUUAUCAAUGUCUUAAUCAUUUUGAAGAAUGCAAAAAAGAUUUUGCAGUAUCGCUAUGUUUACAGCAACAACUACAAAAACAAAACAAAAAACAUCCGUUUACAGUCAUACCAGCCAAGACCAAAAUGUCAUUUUGUAAGAAUUUGUGGAAAUGUAUCUAAAAAAUGUGAAAUUGAAAUGGUGCAGUGUAACAGGACAUGAAAAAGCACCAACAGUAAGUGAACUUAAAAAACAAAACAAUCAAAGAAAAAAAAAAGUGUAUUGCCCUAUAUUUUGGUCUGCUCUGGUAAUUGUAUCGACAGAUUGCAACCUUUUCAAUGCCUGAUAUUUGUCGCUGUUUGCCGCUCUAUUGCCUCUUUUUCUACCUCUGUGCUUCAAUUUUCUCAAUCUUUGCAUGUUGUUAAUGUGAUCCCAGUGCUUUAAUAAACUGAACUCUCUUUGUUGAGAUCUCAA